AUGGACCAAAUAGAAGAGAGUGGCGAGGAUUCGCAGGCUCCAGAAUCCACAUUCGAGGAUGACCUGGUGCCGAAAGAAAUUACCGACGAAUUCUUUGAGGAGCUGUGCUCGAAAGCGAACCUAACGGUGAAGGAUCUACAAGGAAAUCAGCAGUACGGACUGGCGGAAGAUUUUCAGAAACUUUUAAUUACAAGCCAAAAUCUGCGCCAGCAACUGAUCGAUGAACAAGACCGAAUCGGAAAAAUGCAGGACGAGGUUGCGGCGGCCGCAGGACGCGUCGCACAAGCGAUGCAAAUUUCCCAGCGCGACCAAGAUACCAUCCAGGCGUUGAAGUCGGAAAUUCAAGAUGCCUGGAAGAGGACGGAUGCUGCACAAACCCGGGAACAGAACGCCCAGGAAGCGAUGAAUCAAAUGAGAAACAAGCUCGAAAAGCUGCAUGCCGAAAGUGACCGCUACGGUGAUCGUGACGAUGACGUUGGCCCUUCGAUGAACAAGCACAAGGAGGGAAUCCUUCGCGAGCGUGACCGCCUGUAUGUUGAGGUGGAGGAACUGAAUCGACGGCUGCACACGCAACGCCUGUACAUGGAGGAACUGGAACAGAAGUGCUCCGAAUCGGAGACGAAGGUGAAGGAGCUCUACAAAGUGUUGGACGAAACGUCGAACGAAGCGUUCCGGGAUAAGCGUCAGCUGGAGAGCCUGCAAGCGCAACACACCGAAGUCACGGCCGAGUUGGCCAUCAAGAAAGAAGAGGCACAGCACUUCAAAGGCCUGUCUGAGUCAAAUCACAAAACCACUGUUCAGCAAACGAUGCAAAUGGCCGCCAUUCGCACCAACCUGGAACGGUUUAUGACAACGAAUAACCUUAUCCAAGUGAAGCUCGCCAAGGCAACGGCUGAUUUUGAUAACAUGGUUCAGCUGAAGGAAAAGGUGACCAACGAGCUGAACACAAAGGUGAACAUAUUGAAGCUGAAGGAGGACGAAAAUAACAAGUUUCGCUUGGAGAAUGCGAAAUUGUUGAAAACCCGGGAUCUAUUGCAAAAACGUAUACAAACGAUAGAAGCUGCCAAAAGCAUCGUCGACCAGGAGGUGUCCAAAUUGAAGAAUACGAUAGUGACGUUCGAGAAAGAGCGUGACGCUUCGAAGAAAUCGUUCGACGUUGCGAAAAAGCAGGUGGACGUAGUCCUGCGUGAGCGUGAUCUGGUUCGAAAGGAUCUGGUUAAAGCAAAUAAAAAUAUAACCGAUCAAACGGAGCAAAUGACACUGCUGGAUAAGCAUCAGAAAACAUUGGAGAACGAAAUCAAGGGCGCUCAAGCCGCAGCUCAAAAGCAGCAGACGCUAAUGUUGAAGAUCGAGAAGGAUCGCGACCGCAAUGCGGAAGAGGUGCAGACUUUGUCGGACAAAAUGGAGCAGUUUAACGAAGAUCUGAUGUACAAGCAAAAUCUAAUCGGGGAGUUGCGCGAGAAGCUAAAAGAAACUGAAGCAAAGCUGUUUCAGUGUCAAAAUUUGCUAGAAAUUACGCGUGGUGAAAGAAACAUUUUCGAGCGUGAUCUAAUGGGGUGCAACAAAGAAAUGGAAGGUCUGAAGGAGCGGUUGAAAAAUUCAAUCCGCUCCGUUGAUCAAUUAAAGGAAGAGAACGCCAAUAAGAUGGCGGACCUUGCGAAAGCGAACAAAACGAUCGAUAAAGUCGAGAAGGAGAAGCAAACGCUCAAAUCGGACGUACAAAGCAUAAGUAUUGCACUGCAGCACUCGAAAUCGGAGCUUAGCGAAAAAACAAAUGAGAACACGCGCCUUAAUAAGACACUGUCGGACGAUGCUACGAAUAUGCUACGCCUGAAGAAACAACUGGAAGGGACCAUCAACGAAAAGGACCUGGUUAAGAUGCAGCUAACGCAACGUCUGGAGGAAAUCAACAACCUGACCGAGAAACUCAACAUGAUGAACAUGGCGUUAGAUCGUGGAGAAAAUCAGUAUCGCGAACGUUUGGAUGAUAUCCGGCUGCUUAAGAUAGAAAUCAGUAAUCUGCGCUCGCAACGCAACCUUCUUACUCGCGGCUUAGCUAAUACGGCCGAUAUGCGCCAAGAAGUGUUGCAGUUGAACCGCGUUCUCAACCAGGAGCGUGUGAAAGCACGCGCCCUAGAGGAUGAGAUGCUAACACCGAUGAACGUGCACCGCUGGCGAAAGCUGAGCGGCAAGGAUCCGGAGAAAAUGGACUUGAUCGUAAAGGUGCAAACACUGCAGCGAAGGGUGCUCUACCAGUCGGUGACAGUUUCGGAGCAAGAGAAGACACUACAGCAAUCAGAAAAGAUGUACGAUGCACUGAAGGAUGUGGUGGAGAAACUUCCGAGCUACAAAGUAAAGGAGCGACUUUCCGUAACGCAACGUGCCUUGACUGCACGCACAAAGAAACUGAAGGCAUUGGCGGCUGAGAUACGCAUCAAGGAACUUGACUGCAAAACGAAGGACUGUACGCUGGAACAGCUCAAGCAGACGCUACUGGAAACCAAAAAGGAACUGGUCCGCGAGAAACGGGAAAAGAUUAAGCUAGUGGAGAACAUUCGUGGGCACCGAACUCAGAGUGGGCUGCAGGCUACCAGCUCCGGCACUGACAUUAUCGUAUUUCGUACUUCUAGCCAAAGUGCCCAUAGUGCCACUUAUCGCACACUUGGUUCGGGCUUUAGAGCGAUUUGCUAA